AUGAAUAGACAAUAUUAUAAUAGCAAUAACAAUAAUAAUAACAAUAACAAUAGCAAUAGCAAUAACAACAAUGGUAUAAACCAAUUUAAUAGUCCACAGAAAUACCAACAGCAACAACAGUUUUAUAACAAUGGUAAUAAUAAUGAAAAUAAUAGUUUUACACCAAACUAUAACAGCAAUUAUAAUGAUAAUGGCUUUAAUAUUAACCAGCAACAGAUUUACAAUCAACAGCAGCAACAGCAACAGCAACAGCAACAGCAGCAGCAACAACAACAACAAUUCUAUAAUCAACAACAAAAUGAAGAUUUUAUUUUGGGGGAAUUAAAUGAUAUGUUUAAUAAUAUCGAUUCAUCCAAUGGUUGUAUUAAAAAUAUAAGAGAGUGGAUAAUGAAUAAUUGUUAUAGUUCUAAUAUGGUUAUAGAUUUUAUUAUUAAAAAAAUUACAAAUUUAUAUCCCGAACAAAGAUUAUUUUUAUUAUUUUUAAUAAAUGAUAUUUUACAUUUUAGUCAAUUUAAUAGAUCAGAAAAUAGACCAGAGUUUUUUAUACAACCAUUUUAUCAAAGUUUACCAACUAUAUUAUCAAAUAUUUAUUAUAUUAUUAAUCCAUCUAUGAGAGAUCAAGUUCAAAAUGUUUUAAAUUUAUGGGAAGAUAGAAGAAUUUAUAAUAAGCAAGAAGUUGAAGAAUUAAGAAAAUCAUUAAAGAAAUCACCACCUGUCGGGGUACCUAUAAUGCCGGGAAUGAUAGUGUCACAUCUUCGUUUAUCAAAAGACACAACUGUACCUUUCAACUCUGACGAUAUCGAUUACUAUCAUUUAUAUAAUUUUGAUAGAUCCGAAAACAACAGAUCAUUACAUGAUUCAAUGAAUAAAUUUUAUAAUAUAAUAUAUAAAGAAAAAUAA